AUUCCCGAACCGACGCUCCACGCCAACGGAACGCUCGAGCAGCCAGCGGCAGGCAGUAGCAGCAGCAGUGCAGAGCGCAAUAUAUAGAACAUUUGAGAGAAAAGAAAUAAAAGGAGCCAAGUCAGACGGGGCCCCCAGCGGUGGUAGUAGAAGUACGGAAAAGCACGCGCGUCAUCGUAAAAAACGUGCUACGAAAUCGCAGGGAGACGGGCGGUAAUAGCAAAUAAAUUACAUAAAAACCACGGAGGAGCAAUCACAGCAUAAGAAUGACCGAUACCAGUGCAAAUAAUUUGGAUGUAUCGGUGGAUGUGGUCUGGCCGACGAUAAUUGUCCUGGCCAUGCUGGUCAUAAAUGGCUUCGUUUUCGCCUACAUUAUGCGCAAGCGGCGGGAAUACAAAUGCCAGGAGGAGGAGCUGCAGCAACAACAACAACCUGUUCCACAUUCCUCCUAUGCGGCCACUUCGACAACGGAACGGCAUGCGGAUGCGGAUCAGGAGGACGAUAGCUGUGCCAUCGAGAUGGAGCGACUGUAGGGAUGGAGAUCGCACUAGCUAAGCUCUCUGAUACUCAACUACUAUCGUCCAAGCUUCUCAACUGCAACGAAGUUUCCUAAGCCACAUAUGUAGUAUAUCUAGAUUGAUAGAUACAAAACGUAUACGUCGAGUGCCUGGAUAUCACAUCGGAUCGCACGUGCAUUUAAUUACGGUGUUUUUAAGUUGUUAACUCUAUCUGCAUAUAUCGCAAAUUCAAAUUUUCUACAAAAGUAUACAAUAAAUGUGUGAAUUUUAUCAUGCGGCAACGAG